UGUUCGUGCUCGAACUGCUCUGUCAGCCUUGUUACAAAAGUGCAGGAGUGCAUUUGCUGCAAAGAGAUCGAUCGCUGCGAAGAGGUCAUAGAAGAAGCCAUUGGAGACCUGACCGUAUGCAUAACCCUCCAUUCAGGGUUUGAACGCGUCUGCUUAAACCGCCACGUAUUAGAAGUGGCUGCACUGGGCCUAAAAACGCGAGCUGGAAAGUCGUACACAACUGCUCGUGGGCAAAGGAACAAAAGUGAUGAUGAGUAAGUUGGGGUAUUGUUGACUUUGUAUCGGAACGAUCGAACCUUACAUAGUAUUGAAUAAUUGAUACAUCUAAGCUUAUCGCCGUGGACUGAUCUCAUAGAAUCACAUUUUUUAUUUUCUAAAUGGCUUUAUUGCCCCAACUGCUUAUUUUUAAAAGGAGUAUUUAUUUAUCUCCAUCCAAUCCCUCCUUGAAUUAACAGUGAUCUCAUUUCUCUAACUAGAUUCCUGAGGUCUGUGGCCUAUCGCCAAUUUACAAGACUGCUGUGGAGUUAUAUUGGUAGUUCUAGGCGAUACCCCUUGCCCUGUUGUGCCUACAAUAAAAUCAGGAAACAAUUUCCGAGUCAAAAUGGCCAUUAUCGUGGAUUCGAAGAUGAAGAAAAUGAAUAA